CUAUAUUAACCUCACCUAUAUCGUACCCUUUUACGUACCAUCAUGAGGUAACAUCAUGAAUCCACAAUACAAGACCGUGAACGAGAAGGACUCGACGGUUACGCAUAAGAACAUCGGUCAGGGCGGUCGUAAUAGCAACAAUCCUUACGUCCAGACUACUACACCCACCUCGGCUUCUGAUAAGAGGUCGAAAGAUAAGAUUCUUGAGGUGUUUAAUCGGUGCGGGAAGAAAGUGGAGCAGGUGACUCGUAAGGCAGAAUCAUUCGCCGACGGUUUGAAAGACCACCUGAAGUUUAGUCCUAGCCUAAGUGAUGCAGCAAGGGCUAGGCUUGCUCAAGGCACUAAAAUAUUGGUUGAAGGAGGACCAUACAGAGUGUAUCAAAGAGAGUUUGGUCUAUUAUCCGCAGAGAAACUCUUGGACUCGUUCGUUUGCUACAUAUCGACCACUUCAGGACCAGUGACCGGAGUGUUAUACAUUUCAAAUAGAAGGAUCGCUUUUUGCAGCGACUAUGCUAUCCGCAGUCCUUCCACCGGUGUUCCGGCUUAUUAUAAGGUGGUGAUGGAAUUAGAAAAGAUAAGGAGCAUUAACUCAUCAUCGAACGUGUUGAAGCCAAGCGAGAGGUAUGUGCAUGUGGUGACACAAGAUGGGUUUGAGUUUUGGUUCAUGGGCUUCGUCUCCUACAUGGAUGCUUUCAAUUGUCUCAACAAAGCUCGGUUUAACUACCAUGCAUCGUAAUUCUGUUGUGUAAACCAAGUUCUGAGACCUUUUGUUAAUUAUCACUAAUAAGUUGUCUACACGGCAUAUAUAACUUGUAGGAAUUUGGGUCCGUAUGGUGUGUGUCUAGUCAUCAAAGAUUGAUUUA